AUGUCAAAUGCUCAUAUCAAUCAGGCGGUGAAGGAGCUCAUCCCUGCUUAUGGUGGGCCAAAGACGGCGAAACUAAUCGGCUACAUCAACUCGUUGUACAACCUAAGCGUCCGAAGUUAUAGAGUUUUACCAAACCAUGCCGAAAUCGGUCGAUAUCACCUUUGUGCUUACGUGAUUAUUGAAAAGUACCGAACCUUGUUUGAACUUCCCCAGCCAGAUAUCUCAAGAAUACCGAUUCAGCCGCAUGUCGCCAGCAAACUUUUGGAUGAUUUCAGAGAUUUUGUGGGCCAGAUAUCUGCUGGUGGCACGCCCACUAGCACUCCAAAAAAGAAGGCAACUGAAAAUUCGUUGUCGACAACUCCUCGAGAGAAAAUGAGGCAGAGCUCUUCUCCAUUGAAACGACUUCACAUGGCUGCUGCUGCUGCUGCUGCUGCUGCUGAAGAAGAAGAAGAAGAAGAAGAAGAAGAUAAUGAAACCUCAAACACACGAGAAAGUGCCCGCGAAAAUAAAAGGCUGAGACCACCAUUGUCCCCAAAGAAGGAUGUGACUCCUGCCAACCCUACGCAAAGGAAAAAAUACAGGUAUGAUCUUAAGAAUGUCCUGAUUGUGGACUUCAUCACCUUCUGCAACACUUUUUACAUCCCAGCCGUCUUUACCAAGCAAAUGUUGAACACGUUCUAUCUCCAUAAACACAAAUUUGCCAAAAAGACCGACUGGUCCUUGGCGUGCGGAAUAGUGUAUACAGCAUACACCAGAAUAAACCACCGCCUACUCGCUUCAAAAGUGGGGUCCAAAUCAGAGUUGAUGGCACUUUUAUUGCAGUAUCAAAAAGGCGGUUUGCUGAAGCAAGCACUCGACUCGUGGUGUUCGCUCGUGGAAGAAUGGGUCAAGAAUGAAUGCUGGGUCCAGGAAAUAGAGAAGCAGUACGUCUAUGCAAACAAAGCAAACAAAAGUGAGCAGGAAAGGAAAGAAAACAGGGCGAGAAUAGGUGAAAACUGGGACCUACUAGAACGCUACGGAGCCAUGAUCCAUGGAGAGCAUUUGUUUCAAUCGCCAACUCAAAGGGCGUACUUUGACACUUGGACGGGGAACGCGUUAAAGAUUAUAGAACGCCAAAACCAAGAAGAGUAG